GUUUUAGGUGUCGUGGUGUGCUCGUAAAUCAAUUUUCUAAAAAUGAUCCUAGAAGCUGUUGCCGGACUCGCUUCGGCCUUUGUUCUGACCUAUCUUGGAAUGACGUUAGUUGCUCCAGCUGAGGUCACUGAGAAAGAAGCAGAGGAUAUCACUAUUAAUAAAGAAGAAUCGAAAAAAUCGGGUAAUGAAGCUGCUAUAAAAAAUGUUGUUGCUGGUUCGAAAACUCUCGUUGUACUGUUCGGAUGGGCCGGUUGUAGGGACCGAUACUUGUCGAAAUACGCACAGUAUUAUCAGGAUGCAGGAAUUUCUACAGUAAGAUUUACUGCUCCAAUCGCUAAAAUCCGAAGUUUUUCGUCAUAUCGCCCGUUUGCAUUGUGCUUUCAUCGAAUUCUGAAUGAGAUUCUCCACGACCAAAAUGACAUCACAACAAUCUACUUCCACGUAUUCUCUAUGAAUGGAUGCUCUUUGCUCGCAGCAUACUGGGAUCAAUUACAAGAUCUCGAGAAUGGAAAAGAAGUUCUUUCAAAAUCCAGAGGACUUAUCUUCGAUAGUUGUCCAGCAUUCACUAGUCCAUCUCAAAGUGCACAGGCUAUCUCGUUUGCCACACUUCCACCGAGUCAUUACCACGGAGCAUUGAGAGGAUCAUAUCGAGCAGUUCUUUAUACAUUCUUCUCAUUUCAUAGAGGAGUUUUGUGGUUGAGAUCAUUCUUGGAGAAGGAUAUCUACGAGAGACACUAUGCGUAUUUCAAAAUGAUAACAUUUGACAAUCUACCGGCGAAGCAGCUCUAUAUUUAUGGACCUGCAGACUUAGUUUGCUCCGAAGAAUCCAUCGAAGAAUACGCCCAGUUAAUGGAGCAACGUGGUGUUUCAAUCUCAAAACUUCGUCUUCUCGAUUCUUUGCACUGCCAACAUCUCCGAUCUCAUCCCGUGACGUACACUCAAGAAUGCCUAGACUUUGUGAAAUCAGGCCAUCUACCAGCGAAUAGAAGUCGUGUGCCGUUAGAAAUAACUGAAGAAGCUGCACAAAAUGAUGUACCUGAAGAGCUUGCCUACUAGAUUCAUAUCUAUAGAUUUUUAUUGUUUCUCUUAAUAUUUAUAGAUGGUAAUUCGCAUAAUUACUUAUAUAUUAAUUGACCGGUUCUUCCCAUCUCCUUUCCCAACGUUCCAUCUCUAUGUCCCAGUUUUAUUCGCUUUAAAAGCUUUUGCUUGAUACUAUUGACAUUAGAUAUAAAUUAUUACUUUUUGAAA